CAGACGAAGAGGUGAGACGGGGUGGAAAAUGACUGGAGGGAGGUUGCUAUCUGGAGGUGGAAUUAUACUUUAUCAUCAUGGAGUUCCUCAUGUUUUCACGAUAAACGCAUUUUUAUUGUGUUUGAACGUGGACUUAGCACGCCGGGGUGAACUUUGGUGAGAUCCGGAAAGCUGCGGGGCGUUUGUUUUGGGCAGGGUCGUACCCUGAGCGGAGCCAGGGCAACACCGAUAACCAUUACGUUAGUUGGGUGUUUUUUUUUUUUUUUUUAAUUUUCUGUAGCCAAAAUGCCGCGGGACAACAAAACUCCUCUUAUUCAGAAGAUAGCCAGGAAAGCCUACUCCACCUUUAAAGACUUGAACAACUCCUCUAACGGGGACCACAAAGCCCUUUCGGAUAAAAACAGUGAGCUCAUCGCGUUAGUGACCGCGGUCAGAGCUGCCGACCUGAAAAUUGCUCCAAGGAAAACGAAGGCUGGCUCCGGGGCGGCGGAGCUCCAGAGCCCCCCGGUCACCUACAUGCACAUCUGCGAGACGGACGCGUUCAGCAUGGGCGUCUUCCUGCUCCGGACCGGCGCCUCCAUCCCGCUGCACGACCACCCGGGCAUGAACGGGAUGCUGAAGGUGCUCUAUGGGAAGGUGAGCAUCCGGUGUUUCGACAAGCUGGAGGACAGCCUGACCGCCAAGACGCCCCCGCCUCUUUUUGAGCCUCCUCUCUCCCCGUUCCAGACCGGCUCCCUGCGGCGCUCGGUGCUCCGCUCCAUCGGCGAAUUCUCCGAGGAGAGCGGGCCGUGCCUCCUCACUCCUCAGCAGGAUAACCUCCAUCAGAUUGAUGCGGUGGAAGGGCCCGCAGCUUUCUUGGAUAUCCUGGCACCGCCGUAUGACCCGGAUGACGGGCGGGACUGUCACUAUUACAAAGUCCUGCGGGUUGCGGAAGAAGCCGGGGCAGACGUUAAGGCCAAUGAAGAGCAGCAAGGAGAGGAGAAGGAGAAAGAGAAGGAGAUGUGGCUGCUAGAAAUCCCCCAGCCAGAUGACUUCUGGUGCGGUGGGGAACCCUACCCAGGCCCUCCUGUCUCUAUUUGAAUAAAACGUCCUAUAGAAGGCAGAGGACCGCAGCAUAUAAUAGUAAUGUAAUGAUAAAUGUGAUACUCCGCCAAUUCCCCAAAGGGAAAUUCUUUUUUUCUCCAGCCCCCUUCUACAGGAAGGUCAGGGUCAAAACAUGGAACUGGCAGGGAUUCAGUGCCUUGCUCAGGGACACGACAGCAGGACAGAUGCUUACAGACAUGGGGCCUUGAACUCAGGUCAUCUGGUUAAAGGACAGGUUCUCCAACCACCAGACCAUCCUGACACCACAAACAGCAUAAGGACCACUAAGUUGCCUUCUAAAACCCCCAGUAGCCUAACUGGGACAAGUGUUGCGUUCGUGGAAACAUUUGGAAUCAGUAUUUGUGCCCUGUUGUCUGUUGCAGACCACAGUGUUGGCCUGUAAACAUGUGAUAAUCAUUGACCAAACACUAUUUGCAGUGGUGGGAUAUGUUAAGCGAGGCUUCACUUGCCUUUUACACAUCAUUACAUAUGUUGAACAUUUCACUCUGCCACGGAGGACUUCCAAACACUGACAUGUCUUAAUGCCAAAGCCUGUAACUUAUGUCAUCCUUCAGCCUUAUUCGUGAAUAUUGAAUGUAUACUUGUGAAGAGUGUCAUAUUGUACACCCUCAUGUCUUCUUCCAGAGUGCACACACACUACAUUCUAUUCAUUUUGUUGUUUUGUUUUUAAUUUAUUCCAAAGAACAUGGCUACACAGGCCUGAAAGGUAUGGGGGAACACUGUUUUGUAAGAUGGAUUUACCACACAAUUUAUGAGGCAGUACAUUCACUACCAUGUCACAUAUUAUUUCUCUUUAUCUAUGCAGUGAUAAGGAUUAUAUGAUAUUCAUAUUGCCCAGUUAUGACGAGUGUGCAUUAGAGAUGUCAAGUUUGAAAUGUACGAUCGAAUUGUUCUGGCACGUGAUGUCACAUCCUGUUUUGGAACGAGUUCUAUACAGUUUUGAAACUUUAAUCAUGUGACUUAUGAUGUAUGGGUUAAACAUGGCAAAGCCAAAGUCUUUGCAGUUGGUUUGGACGCUGGGAAUUUGGGACCAGUUGUACAAAUGAAAACAAAUGGGUGGAUUUUCCAGCAAGAGAUAAAAAGGAAAGGGUGUACGCUAGGUGCAAAAAUUAUAUCUCUGUUUUGAAUGUUGAAGAUUUGUCACAGCUCUCAUUCCAAAAAUCUUAAGGUUUUAAGCCUCAGCACCGGAGCAACUGUUUUGAAUUGGAGAGCAGAUACUUCCUGCCCUUGCGUUGUAAUUAUUGUAACUUAAACUUGAUCAGGUUGAAAGCAGCAAAUCUGCAGUGUCACUUUUCUGUUAAUUGGUCCACAGUAAUAGAGAUAUGAUUCUUAUGUUUUACAAUUAAAACGCAGAAAGGAAAAGAAAUCAAGAAAUGAAUGAAUUGAGUGAGUUUGCUUUUCCCAGGGUUCCCACACACCCACAAAUUGGGAAACUGAUAAAAUAUCCUGGAAAUAUUAGUGAGAAACUUAGUGAGAUCCUGGAAAAUUAUAUUCAAUUAUAAAUAAUAUUCAGUGUUCCCCUCAGCUCACAUACAUAUUUGUAGCUGCUGAUGCCUUGUGUGAGCACCUGUUUGUAGCCAGCUAGUGCAUUUUGGUGUUCUGCAGCAUCACAUGUAUGAAAGGCCAAACAUGCCUAGGUUAAUGGGUUAUUUUUUUUUUUUUUUACACGUUAACAACAUGGUGGAAAAAAUGCUCAAAAUGUUUUGAUAACAUGUCAUUUCAGGUGUCAGUUUUGCUCAGCUUUGAGCUAUUUAGCCACUUUGUUCAUCAUUCUUAGAUGACUUGUGAGCAACAGCUAACAUGUAGAUAGGUCAUUGAAUAUGUCCUCGAAAAGUCCUGGAAAGUGAUUUCCAAAAAAAGAGUGGGCAUGUUGUUUUCCAUUUAACAUUCCAGAGAAGAAAAAAGCAAAUUUGUAGCUUUUUGUUUGUUGUAAAGGUACACACAUCGGCAUGCCUCAUGAAAAGUCCAGUCAAGAAACUGGUGUAAGAAAAGGAGAAAAUGUGUAGCUAAAUCCUGAAAAAAAAAUAGUAUCACUACGUGUAACUCUUGGUUAAUAUUUUUUAAAUGUUGAGCAGCUUGAUGAACCUGCCUGUAUCACUCCUGUCUGUGUGUGAGCUUCAGUGUGUAUCGUGAGCCUGUUUGGGCCCUACAUUAGAUUCCACACAGGUCCAAAUCUAUCUCAGUUCUCCUAAUUGUUCUGUUACUCUCAUGCUGAAUGUACUUGGAGCAAUAAACUAGAUGUGAAUAUUCAUGUCA